UGUUUGCAUAACAGUAGUAAUUUUGAACCGCACUAAACCAACCACCUCGUCAUUAUCUCUCUCUGUUCAAUCCCACGACCAUUCCCAUUUCCAUCACCAACAGUUGGCAACUGCAAAGUCGCCACCCCUGACCACCACCAUCUCCACCACUUCCAACACCUGCUAGCUCCCAUCACCACCCCCUACAAAAUUAAAAAUUAAAAAUUAAAAACUAAAAAUUAUAAUCUAAAAACAAUUAAAAGCACAUAUUCCUUGCCUUUGCUUACAAAUACACCUGAACAGGAAGAAGUAGAAGUAUAAUUAGUAAGGAUUUAUCCAGUAAUUUUUGAAUAUUCUUUACUUAACUUUUCUGGCGUGCCUUUCUCUUCGAAUAGCAACCCAAUAAAGUCCUCCAAAAGGCCCCUUUCAUGUCUUUCUCUCCUUAGCUUCUUCUACCAUGAAUUCUCCCUUUUCUAUUUCUGCGUUCUCAGACUCAAAGAACCGCUUGUAUUUGUACAGAAUUUUCAUUGGAUUGUCUCUAAUUUGCUUCACUUAUUUCAUUGGAAGUGCUUUAAUUGCGGAGGAUUAUAAAGAAAAAAUAUCUAAAUGGCCAAUGGAAAUGAUGGGCACUGAACAUAGUCCAAAAUCUAAUUUCUGCAGGAAUCAAUGUAGGCCUCCAGGUAGUGAGUCUUUGCCUGAGGGAAUUAUUGUCCGAACAUCCAACUUCGAAUUGCGACCCUUAUGGGAUUCUUCCUUAGCCAAGGAGAAGCUGAAACCUUCUUUGAAUUUGUUGGCAAUUGCAGUGGGAGUAAAGCAAAAGGAGAUAGUAAAUAAAACUGUUGAGAAGUUUCUUUCCAACGACUUUGUCAUAAUGCUCUUUCAUUAUGAUGGCAUUGUGGAUGAAUGGAGUGAUCUAAGGUGGAAUAAUCGUGUGAUACAUGUGUCUGCUAAGAACCAAACAAAAUGGUGGUUUGCCAAGCGUUUUUUGCAUCCAGAUAUAGUGGCAGAGUAUGACUAUAUUUUCCUUUGGGAUGAGGAUCUUGACGUAGAAAACUUCAAUCCACAAAGGUACAUCAACAUUAUUAGAAGUGAAGGACUUGAGAUAUCACAACCAGCACUUGAUCCUGUUAAAUCAGUGGUUCAUCACCCUAUUACUGCUCGCAGGAAGAAUGAAAUACUGCACAGGAGAUUUUACAAAUCUAAAGGCAGUGGAUUGUGUGAUGAAAACAGCACAACUCCUCCGUGCACUGGGUGGGUGGAAAUGAUGGCACCAGCCUUCUCAAAAGCAGCCUGGCAAUGUGUAUGGUACAUGAUCCAGAAUGAUCUGAUUCAUGCUUGGGGUUUGGAUAGACAGAUGGGUUAUUGUGCACAGGGUGAUAGAGUGAAAAAUGUUGGUGUGGUGAAUUCUGAAUACAUCGUUCAUCUUGGACUUCCAACACUUGGUGUCCUGGACAAAAACAAGGAAUCAUCUGAGCAACUAAGAGUAGACAAUAGACCAGCUGUCAGGAGACAGUCAUUCAUUGAAAUGCAGAAGUUCAGUCAAAGAUGGAGUGAUGCAGUGAAUAACUCCAAAUGUUGGAUUGAUAUGUACAAACAAACUGAUCAACACAGAAACUGAUGAGUCAAUUUUGGGUUACAUACUGGUCAUACAAUGACACAAAGCAAUACAAAUCCACAAACUUAUACAUAUCGUUGUGCAGAAGAAUCGAACAUUUCAUGACACUCAUGAUGCGAGAUGGUACAUUUUUGUAUUGCGCCAUCCUUUCUUUAGUUGUGCUUUUUUCUGUACAUAUAAAUGUCUCAGCCAUGUAUAUUAGAACUUAGAUGGUCCGCGAUAGCAUCUGGCAUCUGGCAUCUGGCAUCUGGCAUGUAUCUAGAUAUUCCCUAUUGUAAGCCAAGCUUGUUAUGAUUCUUUAUGGAAUUCAAAGAUGUAAUCCACGUUCAUAUGAAAGAGAGAUUGUUUUUUGUUACUUUA